AAAAAACAAGUUUGUAGGCAUACCCUGCAAAAAGUCAUGGAUCCCUUGGGGUAGGGAGGAAUCUGUGAACGCCAAGUUAAGAACCCCAUUGAACUGCCAACUCACUGGUCCCUACAUGACUCAAAUUGCUUGUCAUCAUCAUUCUGCACAUAGUAAACAUCUGAAAAUGUGUGUUGAAUUAAAUUUUCUAAAUCUGCUGCUAUUAAAGCAAAAGAUAGGUUAGCCUGAAUCUAUCUUGACCCAGGGUCACUGAAAUAACAAUAGCUGGCUUCUGUAUAGCACUUGGAGGCUUAGUUAGAUUUUGGUGUUGUGAUAUCACAGCACCUACUCUGUGACAUGUGGGUUUACCACUGUGGAGACCAGCUGUGUUCUUACAUCCUCAUUCUCUGUCUAUUUGCUGAAUCCUGAGUUCUUGUCAGUAUCUCGAGGUCAGGGAACCACUUGCUUCCUUUCUCCCCAGUAGCAAUUUCCUUGAGAAGAGUUUUGAAGGUACCCAGGUCACUCACUGGACAUGUGCUCCCUUUCUUAUUCUGGCAAAGGCUGCAGGAGGGGAAAGAAGUGUGAGUAGAACUUUAACAUGGACCACAUCAUUCUGUUACUUAGAUACUCACGUUGGUGUCUGGUCCAGGUCCUCUUCACUACCUUGGCCUUGAAGGAAAAGAGCUUUGACCUUGGUCUCUCAAAGUUCAGCUCUUCACAUUCUCCACCUUCCCUAUGAUGGCGGGACUGAUGAAAAUUUCAGCAAAAGCCAGGCAAUGAACAUGUCACUUCCAGUAAGGAAGAUAUCCAUGGAUAGAAUUAUAGUCCAGGUGAUUCUUAAUGCAUUUGGAGCCCUACAGUCUGAAGAGUCCCAAAUGAUCAGCCCCCUCCCCUGCAAAUAUUAGGGCUAACGUUAGUUCCCCUGAAGGUUCCAUUUAACAAGCAACAUUUCUAAAGUGCUUUAUAUAUAACCCCCUGCUAUAUAAACCUUCCAAACCUACAGAGGAAUGUUUCCAUGGAGAUUAUAGACCGGAUUCUCAAGGACCCCAGAAGGGCAUCAUCUAGAUUAGAUUGCAACUCUUGAAUCAGAACUGAAAAUACUAUGAAUCCAAUUUGAGUCUCAUAAUAACCCAGUGAUGUUGAUAUGAUUAAUUUUAUCUCCAUUUGUGGAUAAGGAAACUGAAAUUCAUAAAGGUUAAGUGAUCUAUCUAUAAUCAUACACCUAGUCAGGGAGAAGUUGUACCCAGAUUUGCCUAAAUCCAAGUCCAACACUAGCUGCUGCUCUAUAUUGUUGUUUUACCAAAAGAGAGGCAGGCAGGUCUGAAUUGGGAGGAAAUGAUUAAAUGUCUGCCUAUGCUUAAGGUCUAAUUGUGUAACACCAUGGGGGAAAUUUGGGGAUUAAUAUGGUUUUCUGUAUAGUUAUACAAAUGCCCCAUUGUUGUGUAUACACAGGGACCAUUCUUGUUGAAUCCAGGGCCCAAGUUCAAUGUAAAGAGGCCCAUGUCUCCUUAAGGUUCUGUCUGGAGCCACAGGGAGUUUCAGCUUGACUGGCUUGACCCUUCUGACGGGUUGUGUUGAUAAGUUGGAAGUGAAAAUUCUCUUCUCUUUGGAGCACUGGACUUUCUGCCACCUUCAAAAGACCCCUUGAACUGGGAAGGUUCCUGGGGGGACAGGGUGCCUGCAACAGAGGAAGGUCCUAAUAUCAAACAGAGACAUAGAGUUAGAGGGUGGACUGAAGAUAUAUGUUAAGGGGUUGGUAGGAUAUCUUGUCUGACCAGAUGAGCACUUUGGAAAGUCUCUGAAAACCAGAUAAUGAUUUAUAUUGGAUCCCAGAAGGGAUGGGGAGCCACUGGAGUUUAUUGAAUAGUGGAGAUGAUUUAGGAAGAUCAUUUUAGUAUCUAAGUGGAAGAUGGGAUAAAGUAGGUACAAAUUGCAAUUUUCCAACUGUGAGAUUAUAUAGGCCUCCACUGCAAAGGUAGUGGAGACAGGGAAGUAUUUGAAAGCUAUGAUGAAAGUCAAAUCAACUAAGCCUAGCAAUAUUUUAGAUGUAGAACAUCAGAGACAGUGGAAGAUAAUUCAGUUUUAUAUGUGGGUAGCUAGAAGAGUUGGGCUAUAAGAAACUGGAAUGAAUUUGUUUUUCUCCUGAAUAAUGACAGAGAAGAAAUGGUCUUAGAAUGCCAGUCUUUGAGGCUCACAGGAUCUAGGAGCUAAAAUGGAACUUAGAGUUAUCUAGUCCAACCUCCUCAUUAUCCUUUUGAAGAACCUGAUAAACAGAGAAGUUACUUGAAUUGCCUGUAUUCACACAGAUAGCAAAUGAACCCAGAUUCUCUGACUCCAGAUUUAGCCCUCUUUCCCCUAUGUCCUGAUACUUCUCCUACCUGUCUACUAGAACCUGGAGAAACCACAUUUGGUAAACAACAGCCCACCAGUGACCACUCAGACCAAUACACCUGAGCAUAGAACCAUAGGUUUAGAGUUUAGAGUUGGAAAGGCUGUUUAAGGUGAUGUAGUUAAACCUCCUCAUUUUCAGAUACUGAUGCUGAGGACCAAAGAUGUCAUACCAGUUGGCUGAGAGCCAAGCUUUCAUCCCUUGACUUCAGAGCCAACUUCUUUUCUCACCUCAACUUCCUGAUAGGGCCUUUGAGAAAGUGUUCCAGAGAACACGGUCAGGAAGGAAGGCAAGGUCAGUUAGACAGGAAGCUAAGAGGGGUCUAAUUUGGGGGACAUGUAAUUUUUGCUCACUCGAUAAGCGAUGUUGGUGCCACAGGAAGAAGAGAAACAAGAGGCUGGGAUUAGGGUUGGAUUUCUCUUCCCUAUAAGAGUCUGGGAUCUGCUCCUGAGGGGUCAAAAUCCCAACAGAGCUGCCAUGCAGAAGGCUGCCCAGAUACUCAUAUUUCUGUGUGCUAAGUUCUUGACUGUUCAGGCUGUGGAGACGUGUCCGGAUGUGAAGAUUGUAGGUAUUGGAGCAUCUGAAAAACUUGCUAUUCUUCAAGGCUGUCCUGGACUUCCUGGAGCAGCUGGUCCAAAAGGAGAUGUUGGGCCUCCAGGAAUGAUAGGGGAAAGAGGACCCCCUGGGAGCCCAGGAGAAUUAGGAACGCAGGGUCCCAAAGGAGACAAAGGAGACCCAGGAAAGCCUGGAAGAAUAGGUGAGGAGUUGGAAACUCAUCUGUGCAAGACAGGGGCAAGAAAUUGUAAGGAACUGCUAGGCAGAGGGAAUACUCUCAGUGGCUGGUACACCAUCUACCUCUCUGACUGCAAGUCUCUGACUGUGCUGUGUGACAUGAACACUGAUGGAGGGGGCUGGACUGUUUUCCAGAGACGGGUUGAUGGAUCUGUGAACUUUUUCCGGUCCUGGACUGCUUAUAAGAGGGGUUUUGGAAGCAGGCUGGGAGAGUUUUGCCUGGGAAAUGAUAAUCUUCACUUGCUGACAACUCAGGGUGACAGUGAACUCCGAAUCGAUCUCCAAGACUUUGACCACAAUCACCACUUUGCCAAGUACAGUUCGUUCCAGGUUGCUGGAGAGACUGACAACUACAAACUGAAUCUGGGAGCCUUUGUGGAUGGAAAUGCAGGUGACUCCCUGAUGUAUCAUAACCACUUUGGCUUCACUACCAGAGACCGGGACAACGAUGCAUAUGAGGGCAACUGUGCUAUGAUCUACCAGGGGGCCUGGUGGUACAAUGACUGUCACAUGUCCAACCUCAAUGGUCAGUACCUGAAAGGGCCCCAUGAGAGCCCAGCUGAUGGAAUCAACUGGAAGACAGGUCAUGGGAAUAACUACUCCUACAAAGUGUGUGAGAUGAAGGUUCGGCCCACUUAGCUCCUAGAAGAAUGGCAGGAUCUUUGGAUCUCCUCCCAGGGAGCUGGAAUGUGAUAGGGACAAAAUAGAUAGGAGCCCUUUCCUCUUUGCUCCAGAAGGAGGGAUAGCAUCAUUACCUAGCUUUUCACCCUGAAUUGCUAUGCUCCCUGAGAUGAAUGAAUAAAAAAAUUUAUUAAAUUCUUAGCAUGUGCAAAGAGAUACACUAGGAAGAAGGAAAAGAGACAUCUGAAUUCCACUUCAACAUGUCAUCCUUCAAUAAACCUGGGCAGCCAUGAGCCUUCUCUCCUUCCCCUUCAUUUAUACUCACACUAAGAUAGGUUCUCUUUGUGCCUUGUCACCUUCAUUGGAUCAUUGCUGACAAAUUUAAGGGUGAUGGGAACAUCAAACACUAGACAUGAGCAGGCCCUGUCUAUUAUUUAAAGCUUCCUUGAAAAUCUGGGUCAUCUGGAAAGUAGCUUUUAUUUUCAGAGAAUUAUUGUUUUAAUAUUUAAUAAAAAUAUAAAAGCAUUCCA